AUGACAAGAACAAAGAAUUUGAGUAUGCCACCGGCUAACGAAGGGAGAAUUCCCCCCACGGCAUCGGUACGUAAGGCUCGUGAAGCCGCUGCCCUACGAAAGAAAGAAGAAGCACGUAAAAGGCGUGACGAGGCAACCCGUAAAAGGCGUGCAAGUAGUGCAACGACUGCUGCCAGUGCAGUACAGGAGCCAAAACCUGAAGAAAGCUUCAAGCAACAUAUAUCACGGGAGGUGUGGAAGCAUUACAAGAAACCUGCUGAAGUGCUUGAUAGGGGUGUCUUGAAAACCUACCACCAUGGGAAUGCUAUGCUUGGGAAUGAUAAGAAGAAGCAUAACGAUGUGAAAAAAUGCUUUUCGACUUAUGUAAAGGGAAGGGUUGAGGCUACUGGUCUAUUGCCUUUGUUGACAUGCAACCUUCCCUCUGUUGACAAGACCUUGCUAACAGCGUUUGUGGAGAGAUGGCAGCCGGAGACAUCCUCUUUCCAUAUGCCAUUUGGGGAGAUGACCAUCACACUUGAUGAUGUUAGUUCUUUGCUACACAUUCUUGUGAAGGGAAAAUUCAUCACUCUCCCAGUCCUGACUCGUGAGGAUGCAGUCAGUGCAUUGCAUAAACAGCUUGGUGUUACACAAGCAGAUGCUGAAGAGGAGAUCCGGAAGUCCUUAGGACCUUAUGCUCGUUAUACAUGGUUGUUGAAGGUGGCUGAGGACAUGGCUAAGGAAGGGAAGACCAAGAAAGCUGCUAGAGCCUUCUUGCUGUGUUUGGUGGGCAUGACGAUCUUCUGUGGGAAGACAAACAACAAGGUGGAUGUUGCAUAUUUAGGGAUGUUCAUGGAUUUGGAAAAGGCAUGGAUAUUUGAGCACUUCCCUGCUUCAUUGUUUGAUAGAAACCUGAACAGGAAAUACAGUGAGAAAGACUCGCGAGCUUGCAAAUGGGUCACCAAGAGGGGGACUGUGGACCUGCAUGCGAAGAGGCUAAUCCUAGAUGACAUUAGGGAUAACAAUGUUAUAUGGACUCCAUAUGACGAGCAUAGAGUGGAUUGA